AUGUUUUGCUCAUCUCUAAGGCAGCGAAAAGACUGGGCGGCAGUUGUGCUGCUGCUCUCGUCCGAAGAAGCCAAGGCGGCGACGGCGAAAGCCAGGAUCGAAAGGCUUUCCAUGCUCGACGGCGGCAACAACGUUGCUGUUAUCCUCCUCAUGGAAAAGAGUGGCUGCGUGGACUCGCUGGUUGACCUACAGAUGAGCAUCAUGGCCCACGGCAUGUCCUCCAUGCCCAUCGUCCCCAUCUCAUCGGCAUCCGAACUAGCCUCUCGCCUAGACACCCUACGCCGCCAAUUCGCCAACGCAGCGAACAACCUCUCCCGCACCAGCAGCAACAAUAUAAACCGAGCCGACGGAGCCGCAUGCGCAGAGGAGGAGGAGGAGGAGCUGCGCGAUCUCGCAUCCCACUGCGUGCACGGGCAGGCGGCGCCGCUCCCGCCCGAACACAUCGACGUCGUGACGGAUCUCGCCGCAGGACUGGGAAGCUUAGCACAGCUGGUCCUGUGUGCUGAUGGGCAGAGGAGGAUUCGCGAUCUGCUUGGCGAAGCGCAGGGCGGCAGGGUGAUUGCCUUCUUCACCCACGGGCACCAGCACAGGACAGUCGCCGGCUGGGCCUCUGGGGUCGAGAGGCGGCGCUCGGCGACAAACGCGGCACAGGCUCAGGCUGUUGGUAGAGGUUCGAUGCUGCGGUGA